GAGAGGCGAGCCAUCUGGAGACGUUACAACUCGUAUGUGGAACUGUGCUCUGCCAGACUUGUCUCAUCGAUUUCACUCGAACAGCCGCUGGCCAGCUGUUUUUCGCUCCUGUAGCAUUACUUAGCGAGUCGUAAUGAUAAGCGGAUCCCGUUGGAUCUAGUGCUAGCGCAAGAGGCGGAUAACAAAACAGACGGCAAAAUCCAGGGGUGAUGGAACGGAAAACGAGCUCUCGUUCCGAAAGUGUGAUUAAGGGGAAGGCGGAAUCGUGACGAAACCCAGACCAGCAACAGCAGCAGCAGUUCGUCAGAGUGCUGGACCAUUCUUUGCCUGCUCCAAGUCAAUCUCCCGUCAUGCCCCACUCGUGAGCGUUCCCUGUUUUGUCGCUAUUCGGAAUGCCCGAGCCCAGUGAGGGCGUAAGGGAUGGGUAUUAAUAUAUGCGAGGAGGAUCUAACGCCGAUCGUAAAAUCUGAACGAGACAAGUGAGGAAGAUUAUAAUGAAGCGGGAAAUGGAGUGAGCGUUUACGUUUGGGCCGUGUGCAGUGUGCCAUUCAUGAAUCUCGUGUAAUCUGUUUCAGGCGACGUAAAUAACGUCUCAUUUAGCGCGUAUUUGAUGUUCUACGCUGUUCAGAUAUAGAAAAAUUGCAACUUUAAUCCACGUACGAAAAUGGGGAUGGUGUGUAGGAUUAACGGAAAUCGAUGUAGCCCACUUUAUUAAGAUAAUACCUAGUGAACAGUUUUAAAGGAAAUGCGAUAUGACCCUGUGAACGAAUACGAGAAUACGGCGAAAGACGAGGCAUAUCUGAAGCUAUAAGGAGUAUAUCGUAUUAGCACAAUAGUAGGUAUGUUCAAAAUCACGCUGAAUCCGUGAAAUAUUAUUAGUGAAUGGAAAGUGAAAUGGAUACCUUCGUGAGAGGCUGUAAGAAGCUGACUGACUAAUCUAAGAAACGUGUUCUAAAGGAGACGAAGGGACAAGAAGUUGCCAGUUAACAUCCCGAGAAGGAAAUGAACUAAAAGCCUGCACUUGAUUUUGAUAUUCGAGUUACGAAAGUGUUCACAGUAUAUAUAAAGGAAGAUGAGCGAUACGAAAGAGGACAUAGAAAACGGGAACACCAAAGAAGCUAUCGAAGCCCAGGUCCAGCUGAAUGGGGAUGCCCGCGAAGCUCACCCAGAAAAACAAGAAGAAGAAGAAGCGAAAGACGAGGGAAAACAACAAGCAGUGGAAGGGGGAGGUGGAGGUGUAGGAGGUUUACUACCAUCAGCAGCAGGAAAUGCAGCAGGAGCAGGGGGAGAAGCAGGUAGAGAAAGGCAAGAGGAUAAAGAUGUGGGGGGGAGCAGUAAGAAGCCCGGGGGGGAGAAGGAGAAAGGCGCAAUCAGGCGAAUGACGAGCUUCAAGAUCUCGAAGAGAGACGAGGCCUGGAGGAAGAAGAAGCGAGCCCAGCUGAGGCUGGAUAUCCCGAGCGCCCAGAGGGAGAUUCCAGUUCUCUCCGUGAUUCCAGCGACUGGAAGCGCCAGUCGCUACAGCCACUACAGCCUGGACUACACCGAAAAUAGCACUUCCAGCACGACCAACAGUUGCUUCCAGUGUCUUUUCACUGCCAAGCUAGUCUGGACUCUGCUCCUGACGGUUCUGGAUCACAUAACGGACGCCAUGGCCAUAGAAAGGUUCUUCCGGACGGGACACAUGCUCUUCUUCGUUUUAAGCUUGGUAUUCUAUGUAGUGCCUAUCUUCAUUCUGUGUACAUAUGCGACUAAUAAGCUUAAAAGGAAAUUGCAAUGGUCCUGGCUAGACUGUGUGCUGAAUUUCUUUAUCGCUCCGUACUGGCUAAUAAUCGUGAACAUCACGAAUUCGCUGAAGAACGGCCGCCACCAGACACGCUACGAGCCGAACGACGCCGAUAUCUCAACCAAGGAAGAAAUUCUCCGGGAUGGGAAGGCUUUGGCGACCUUACAUACGUUGGAAGGAGUCCUCGAAGCCACGCCGCAGGUUUACAUCCAGAUCGCAGCGUAUAUGACGCUCCCCAUUACGAAAUGAUAAAGAACCAUCCCACUUGAGAACUGGGGAUUGGCUCUAUGAGAAAGGCUUUGCACAUCGCUCUGAUCCGUUGCACAAAAAAUAAAAAAAAUAAAAGGAAUGGACUGGCCCCCCUCCCAAAAAAUUAUCCAUUUGGUCACUCUCCCUCCGAGGCUUAAAGAGAGGACCACCACUUCCCCACUUCAAAACACUUGCUCAAAAUGACACUUUGCUCGCUGCACACAGGCAUGUACGAUGAAGUGGUGGCCAGACUGCCCCUGACGAUCAGUGUCAUAUCAGUGGCCUGGUCCAUCGUGGCCAAUUUGGACGUGGGAACAAACAACGUGUUCUGGGGAGGAGUCCAUCGAUUCUUCGCUGCUUCGGAAGUCGGAGUGGCAAUUACUACCAGAGCGAUGGUCGCUGGGGGCCUCUUCCUCCAGCUGUACCCUGGAGUCUGGCAGUGGAUCUGGCUUCUGCCCAUCGCCUUCAGCGUCCUGGUCACCUGGUUCGUGAUGCCCUUCUCCAUCAGCUCCUUCAAGGACCUCCUCACCCCGCUGAAGAAGGCUCUGACGAUUCCCGCGGCGGACCUGGAGAGCAUCUGCGGCCUGAUGCCCUUCCUGGUGGCGUCCCUGUUCCUUCUCCCUUCGACGUACGAGCCGCUGCUGUACUUCGUCGGGUUCGAGUUCCUGGCGGGGCUCUCCUGGUUCUGCUUCACUCUGCCGAAGGAAGGCAGCAACGUGUUCAUGGACCGCUGAGGGCGCGAGAAAUAUUGGCUCCUCUUAUUUAUGAUAGAUCUCUGUUAAUGUUUAUAACGGAUUUAAGAUUUUUGACUGAUAAAGACGAUAAAGUUCUCUCUCUGCCUUUAGAAGAGAGGACAGCAUCAUGCUAAAGAAAUGUUGAAAGGUACGGGUAAAACAAACACUUAAACUGGAGCCUUUUUCUUUCAUCGAAAAUAGACUUAAAUCGGACAGUUGAUGAUUUUGAUUAAUAUGACGGUAAUAAUAAGGACGUCAUUAUAUGUUGAAAUGUGUUGCCCGUAUCGAUAACCUCUUGUAUAAUUAGCUUUCAUUUUUUAAUAUAUUUAUAUUGAUUAUUGUGACUGGUGAUCUGUAUGACAGGUGCUAAUUUUCUAUUGAAAAUAAUUAUGUUGUCUUAUAAGAAGGCCAAGAACAUAUCUGAAGAACAGCGGUGGUCAAUAUGAGCAUCUUGAGCAAACAAAGAAAUUAAAAUCUCGGGAGUAAUAAUAAGUCCAGGCCCGGAAAGCUUUUUGUGAAAUGUUGAGAAUCUUCCUCACUAAUAUCUAUCGAGUUCCCCCACAGUUCUUAGCAUGGAAAGAAGAUAUUACCCAGUUUAGCCAGUGUAAAGAAAACGGAAGAAGGCAGGUGAUAAUAUGGAUUAUUACCAGAAGCUCUAGUGAAGUCAUAUUCCUAGACAGUUAUUUUAUACAUUUCUCAUCUAGCAACGGGAAAAUAUAAUAUCUAGUAAAAGGUGAAUUUAUCCCAGCACUGCUCUGUAUGACGGACUUUUCAUACAUAACACUUACUGAAGAACAAUGGCUCCUGCUGGAGCUCAAUCCAUUUAGCAAUUAUUUCUCAAUUCAGAGUGGUUCCUGAAUAGUGCAUCAUAACAAUGGCGUUUCAAUGUUGGUCAGGUUUGAAAAAAGAAAAUUAAAGCAAAGGAAGUUAAUGAGUUUUGUUCCAAUUGCUUUCUGAGUCAUUCACUCGGAUGGUGGACUGUAGCAAAAGGCUGAAUAACCAUAAGAUAAAAGUGAACUGAGACAUGGAAUUGAAAUAGUAAAAGUUUUUACUGUAAGUUCCAAGGCACUGUGCUGAACGUGAAUAUUUGCAUCGUUAGGAAGGGUACAAAUAAUCCUGCUUACCUUUCAAUUUUUUUACCUGUCAAUUUUUUUACCUGUCAAUUUUUUUACCUUUCAAUUUUUUUACCUGUCAAUUUUUUUACCUUUCAAUUUUUUUUACCUUUCAAUUUUUUUACCUUUCAUUUUUUUUCCUUCAAUUUUUUACCUUUCAAUUUUUUUCACCUUUCAAUUUUUUUCCCUAAACAAUUUUUUUUUAUCCUUCAAUUUUUUUACCUUUCAAUUUUUUUCACCUUUUAAU